UUCCAACUGACUGCAUAGAGGCCCUCAUCCCCCACUGAGCAAAUAGACAAAUAACUAAUAACCGUAGUCAUAGUCAUAGUCAUUAGCGAGUCCAGCAAACCACUACAACUACAACUACAACAACUCAGUUGUCGACAGACUAAUACGUAACAAUUGAAUAUAUACUAAGUUGUACUUUUGGGCAUCCACUCAUUCAUAACUAUACUCAUUACUAUACUCAUUACUCAUUAACUCGUCAUAAUAUUUCACUCACUGGACUUACUCAUUCACUCACUCACUCAUUCAUUCAUUCAUUCACUCAUUCAUUGAUUUAUUCAUAAUUUCAUUCAAUAGACCCCAUUCGAUUCUAUUCAUUCCCUCGUUAACUGAUACAUCAUUUAUUUAUAUACUUACUAUUUAUUUUUCCUUAUUUAUUUCAUAUAAUUAAUUAUUCAUUACUUGGUUAAUUUAAAUUUUGCAUAACAUCAUGGUUACUCUAAGUCCUUAUAUACCCAAUGCACUUCCUGAUGAUAGACCAGCAGAAGAAUUAGCUGAACUAGAAUAUGGUAAAUUAACUUCAGAAAAGUAUCUUUAUGUAUCUAAACAUCCACUUGGUGAACCACUUCCAUUACCAAUAGAUGAUGAACCUCCUUAUAUUAUUUAUAUUGCAACUUAUAUAAGUUAUCUUAUAUUAAUUAUAAUAGGUCAUAUUAGAGAUUUUUUUGGAAAAAUCUUUAAACCAUCAGAAUAUGCUGAUUUAAUAGAAAAAGAUGGUUAUGCACCUUGGUAUGAUGGAUUUGAAAGUUUUUAUGUUCGUCGUUUAAAAACUAGAAUUGAUGAUUGUUUUGCUAGACCAAUUCAUGGAGCUCCUGGUCGUUAUAUAAAAUGCUUUAAUAGAAUAAGACAUGGAAAAACUGGUUAUCUUUAUGAUGGAACUUCAAAUGAAUGUUUAAAUUUAUCAUCUUAUAAUUAUUUAGGUUUUGCACAAUCUCAUGGUGUAUGUACUGAUUUUGCUUUAAAAUGUGUUGAAGAUUAUGGAACUUCAGGUUGUUCUCCAAGAUCUUAUAUUGGAACCACAGAUUUACAUAAAGAAUGUGAAAGAGUAAUUGCUGAUUUUGUUGGAAAGGAAGAUGCAAUUAUUGUUAGUCAAGGUUAUGGUACAAAUGCUAAUUUAUUUGCUUCAAUUGCUGAUCCAAAAACUUUAGUUAUUAGUGAUGAAUUAAAUCAUGCAUCAAUUAGAUUUGGUAUUAGAUUAUCAGGAGCUUCAGUUAAAGUAUUUAAACAUAAUGAUAUGAAUGAUUUAGAAAAAUUAAUUAGAACUCAAAUUGCUCAAGGUCAACCAAAAACUCAUCGUCCUUGGAAAAAAAUUAUAAUUGCUGUUGAAGGUUUAUAUUCAAUGGAAGGUAAUAUGGUUAAUUUACCAAAAAUUCUUGAAUUAAAGGAAAAAUAUAAAUGUUAUUUAUUUGUUGAUGAAGCUCAUUCAAUUGGUGCUUUAGGUCCAGAAGGUAGAGGAGUUUGUGAUUAUUUUCAAGUUGAACCUUCAAGAGUUGAUAUACUAAUGGGUACAUUUACAAAAUCUUUUGGAGCUACUGGAGGUUAUAUUGCUGCUGAUAAAGAAAUUAUUGAUAAAUUUAGAUUAAAUUAUAUAACUCAAAAUUAUUCUGAAUGUGUUCCACCACCAGUUUUAGGACAAAUUAUUUCUUCAUUAAGUGUUAUUAAAGGUACUUUAAAUCCUGGAGAAGGUAAAGAAAGAUUAGAAAGAAUUGCAUUUAAUUCUCGUUAUUUAAGACUUGGAUUAAAAAAAUUAGGUUUUAUUGUUUAUGGAGCUGAUGAUUCACCAGUUAUACCUUUAUUAUUAUUUUUACCUGCUAAAAUGCCAGCCCUUUCAAGAAUGUUAUAUGAUAUGAAAAUUGCCGUUGUUAUUGUUAGUUAUCCUGCUACACCAUUAAUUAGUGCUAGAGCAAGAUUAUGUGUUAGUUCUGCUUUAACUAAAGAAGAUUUGGAUUAUGUUUUACGAAAAUUCGAUGAAUUAGGAGAUUUAAUCUUUUUAAAAUUCAGUAGUGGUAUUGCUGGAGGAUCUAAAAUUCCAGGUCAACCUCCAAGAUGGUCAAUUGAAGAUGUUCUUGCUACUAAUGUUGAAGACACUAAGAUGCCAAAAUUGGGUCAAUUCUAUUAAGAAUUUACCAUCCAAACCAUAUAACCCCCUCCCCAUAAAAAGUCCAAAAAAAAAAUUCAAACCAUACAUGUAAUUGUACAUAUAAUUGUAAUGUAAUCCUCUCCUCUCGUCGUUUAUACUAAUAUCUUAAUCAUAUCUAAAUAGGCGAGAGUUUCCAUAUUAAUAAUAAUAAUAUAUAAUGAUAUAAUACUAAUAAUGUUAGUAAGAGUUUGGUUGGUAUAGUAAGGAUGUAUGUAUUGCGGUGUGGAUGUUGGAGGCAUUGGGGUAGUACCAUAGUUAAGAACUAAUUAGUUGUAAGUAUAACACUACAGUUAUUACAG